UCUCACCUAUCUUUUAUCUGUAAGUACUUUGCUACUCCUUUUAAUUGUUAACAAUUCUUAACUUAAAUAGAAAAUAUAAAACACUUGGAUCAAUAAUGGUGUGUAAUAGCUAGGCUAGUCUACCGAAUUGCAGCAAGUAAUAUAGAGGUAAGUAUCAACAGUGUGGACAAAUUGCAACUAAACUAGAAACUUUCAUUUGCAGUUAGAAAAUUCGCACAAAAUAGGGGGAAGUUCAGAAAACAGGGAAAAAUUCACUAUUUAAUGGUGGUAGUGUCCUAUUUAUUCUAAUCUUCCCUUAUGCAUCCAAUUGCAUUCUCAAUGCAGAUUUCAAUUUUCAAUUGAUGACCAAAUUCAGAAGGUUAGUUCUAUUGCAAUUGCUUGGUAACUAAACCCCAUCCCUCAACCGAACAUCCUUAUUCCAUGGGUGAAUUCAUCUGAGAACAAUCAAAUGAUUAGAAAUUCAAAUGAUCAUGCAACAAUCAACUCCUAUCCCUAGGUAAGAAUUCUUUUAUCUGGUUUGGACCAAUGCCAAGGGUGACCAUCUUAGAUCCGGAGCAAAUCAAAGAUGUAUUUAACAAGAACUAUGACUUCCCAAAGCCUAAUUUGAAUCCACUUGUCAAGUUACUAGCAACUGGCCUUGCAGGCUAUGAAGGAGAAAAGUGGAGCAAGCACAGAAGAAUAAUCAACCCUGCUUUCAAUUUAGAAAAAUUGAAGAUCAUGUUACCAUUGUUCCUCCAAAGUUGCAAUGAUCUGGUUAGCAAAUGGGAAGGAAUGUUGUCUUCAGAGGGAUCAUGUGAAAUGGAUGCAUGGCCUUUCCUUCAGAAUCUGACUAGCGAUGUUAUUGCUCGAUCAGCAUUCGGAAGUAGCUAUGAAGAAGGAAGAAGAAUAUUUCAACUUCAAAGAGAACAAACUGAACAUUUAAUGAAAGUUAUAUUGAAAAUUCAAAUCCCUGGAUGGAGGUUUCUGCCUACUAAAACCCAUAGGAGGAUGAAGGAAAUUGACAGAGAAAUAAAAGCUUCGCUCAAGAAUAUGAUUAACAAGAGGGAAAAGGCACUAAAAUCGGGUGAAGCCACUAAGAAUGACCUAUUAGGUAUACUUUUGGAGUCCAAUCACAAGGAAAUUCAAGAACACGGAAACAGAAACAGUAAGAAUGUUGGAAUGAGUCUUGAAGAUGUAAUCGAGGAAUGCAAGCUAUUCUACUUUGCAGGGCAGGAAACCACGUCAGUUUUGCUUGUUUGGACAAUGGUGUUAUUGAGUAGGUACCCUGAUUGGCAAGCACGUGCAAGGGAGGAAGCCUUUCAAGUCUUUGGAUACCAAAAACCAGAUUUUGAUGGGUUAAGUCGCCUAAAGAUUGUCACCAUGAUUUUGUACGAGGUUCUUAGAUUAUACCCACCGCUAAUUGGGAUGAAUCGAUUGGUUGAAAAGGAUGUGAAACUUGGAAACCUAACAUUACCAGCUGGAGUGCAGGUUUUCCUCCCAACAGUUUUGAUUCACCAUGACAGUGAAUUAUGGGGUGAAGAUGCUAAGCAGUUUAAUCCCGAGAGAUUUUCUGAAGGAGUUUUAAAAGCAACAAAUGGAAGAGUUUCAUUUUUUCCCUUUGGAUGGGGUCCUAGAAUAUGCAUUGGACAAAACUUUUCCUUAUUGGAAGCAAAGAUGGCUUUGUCAAUGAUUUUACAGAAUUUCUUAUUUGAACUUUCUCCAGCAUAUGCUCAUGCUCCGACUAUGUCAAUUACUACUCAGCCACAGUAUGGUGCUCAUAUCAUUCUACGUAAAGUGCCAAUAUGAAAUAAAUUAGUAGGCUCUUCAUUGUGUGAUUUUAAUAUUACACGAUUAUAGUAAAGCUUAUAAUGUAAUAACAAAAUAACUUCUUAGGUACUAAAUGUGUUUAUUUACUUUCAUUUACAUGUUUGUGUGUUAAUAGUGUUUGUUAAAUUGUAACUUGGUUAUUGAAGAGACAAAGAAAGAAAAGUGACUUCAUAAAUAUAUAGCCAAAUAUGAUAUUUUUUACUGGA